UAUUCAUCCACUAGAAUCUCCAACUCAACUAUGAAUGUAUCCAACUGUAAGUUCUUUCAUCCAAACUAAUCUCAAAUCUGUGCGGCUCUUCUUUUCCAGUACACUUGGACUUUUUUCUUCAUAAGAUUUCAUAUUUUCAUCUAGCACCUUCUUUCAAAGAGGAGAAACCAUGAUGGCUGUGGCAUUGAUUGGAGAAUCACUUCUCUCUGCUGUCAUUGAGGUUUUGGUCGACAGGAUAGCCUCCUCAGAGGUUAAGAACUUCUUCAAAAGGCAAAAGCUUGACGAUGGACAGCUGAGGAAAUUGAAGUCUACCAUGAGAGCAGUUGGCAAACUUCUCAGUGAUGCAGAGGAGAAGCACAUUACUGAUCCAGCAGUGAAAGGGUGGCUCGACGACCUCAAGGAUGCUCUCUACCAGGCUGAUGACUUCUUGGACGAGAUUGCUUAUAAAGCUUUGCAAUUGAAAUUUGAAGCUGAACCUCAAAGUGAGACCUGCUCAGAUCAGGCGCGGAGCUUCCUCACUUCUCUUGUUCCAUGUAAGAAGGGGAUGGGAGAGAUGCAACCGGAGUUAGAAAAGAUCCUUCAGAUUCUUCAAGACUUGUUGCAACAAAAAGUUGACCUUGGUUUAAUAGAAAGCGUUGGAAGAAGACCACUUCUGUCAUCACAGAAAAUACCAACAACUGCUCUGGUAGAUGAAUCUGAUGUUUUUGGCAGGAAGGUUGACAGGGAAAAUAUAAUGGCAUUGCUGCUGCCAGACGACUCAGAAGGAAGGCAACUAGAUGUGGUUCCAAUUGUGGGUAUGGGCGGGAUGGGUAAAACUACCCUUGCUCAGCUUGUCUACAGAGAAAUCGAACUCUUAGAAGACAGAUAUGGGACGAAGUUGUUUGAUCUCAAAGCAUGGGUCUAUGUGUCGGAAGAAUUUAAUACUCUCAAGGUUACAAGAGAUAUUCUCAAGGAGGUCGGUUUGCCAAAGUGCGAUAACAUGACUGAGAAUCAGAUUCAUAGCGAGCUAGAGAAAAAAUUGAGGGGGAAAAGAGUUUUGCUUGUUUUAGAUGAUGUUUGGAGUGAGGAUCAAGCGGCUUGGGAUUUUUUUCUGAAACCGUUCAAGUCUGUGAGAAAAGGAAGUAAGAUCUUAGUCACGACGCGCAACGAAAAUGUAGCAUCAGUCAAGUCUACUUUUCCAUCUCAUCGUUUGCAGAACUUGUCCGAUGAUGAGUGCUGGCUGGUGUUGGCAAAAGUUGCAUUUGAUGGAGGAAAUUUCAGCGCAUAUCCAGGGUUGGAAGAAGUUGGUAGAGAAAUAGCAAAAAAGUGUAGCGGCCUACCUUUGGCUGCAAAAACACUUGGAGGUCUCCUGAGAUCCAAAAGAGAAGGCAAGGAAUGGAGGAAAAUAUUGAAAAGCAAUUUGUGGAAGUCACCAAAUGACAAAGUCCUUUCAGCUCUACAGUUGAGUUAUCAUUGCCUGCCAUCGUAUCAAAAACAAUGCUUUUCAUAUUGUGCGAUAUUUCCCGAAGGCUAUGAAUUCAACAAGAAAGACCUGAUCCUUUUAUGGAUGGCAGAAGGCUUUCUAGUUCAACCCGGAGGAAAUAAGGAGAUGGAAGAAAUAGGGGCUGAGUUCUUCGAUGAUCUUGUAUCGAGAUCAUUUUUACAACAAUCAAGUCGCGAUCCAUCAUUAUUCAUCAUGCAUGACCUCAUGAAUCAUUUAGCUGCUUUCAUAUCUGGAGAAUUUUGCUUCCGGUUGGAGGGUAAUGGCUCAAGCAACACUUCUCAAAGGACUCGCCAUUUAUCAUGCAUAUUAAAAGAACAUGACGUCUCUCAAAAGUUCGAGGCCUUUUGCAACCCUCGUUUGUUGCGCACCUUAAUAUUAUCAAAAGAUAAAUCAAUAUCUGCUGAGGUAAUAUGUAAACUUUUGCGGAUGCUUGAGCGCCUAAGAGUGUUGUCUAUGCCCCCCUAUAUCUUUGAGCCUUUACCAUUUCUUGAUUCAAUUGCCAAGUUGAAGCAUUUGCGAUAUCUGAAACUUUCUCGGACAGACCUUACAAAGUUACCAGAAUCUAUAUGUGGUUUGUAUAAUUUGCAAACUUUAAUCUUGAUAUGGUGUUUUAGGCUUUAUGAGUUGCCUGCUGGCAUGGGAAGGUUGAUCAACUUGCGGCAUCUUGAUAUCACU